GAAGACCCGUCUUCCGGCCGUGUUCGCGAUGCUCUACGCUUGACUCGAUCUCCGAACCUACCGAGGGUUUGUUAUACGGUCAUCCGCUGGUGUAGGUGCGUUUAGUACACUGCCGUAAGCUCACAGUUGUGCUUGUGAAGAAGUUGGGUGAUACCGAAGUAUCGGCCACACGAGUACAAGAUGUGGAUGGGAAGAGCACGCAAAGGCGUCCGCGCACAUAUGGCAGAGCCUGUGGCCGCCAACCCCCUAGGAGACUCGCUGCUCCAGUUCUCCUUGGACCUGUACAAACAGCUUGUCUCAAAGAGUGGUUCCGGCGGAAACGUCUUUUACUCUCCCUUCAGCAUCUGCGCCGCACUCUCCAUGGCACUGGCUGGAGCACGCAGUGCCACUGCAAAGCAGCUCGCCGAUGCCCUGCACGUCGACAGCGACGACGUUCACAAGCAUUUUGCCAGCUUCCUCUCCGCGCUUACUGGCUUUGCCCCGGACGUGAAGCUGCACGUGGCCAACCGGAUGUACUCGGAGCAGACGUUUCCGGUACUGGACAGCUACCUCGCCCUCCUUCGAGACUCCUACAGCGCCACCAUCGAAUCGGUGGACUUUAAAACAAACUACGAGAAAGUUAGGCAGCAGGUUAACGCCUGGGUCGACCAAGCCACGGAAUCGAAAAUCAGAGACCUUCUUCCGCCUGGAAGCGUGGACGGCUUGACCACUCUGAUCCUAGUCAAUGCCAUCUACUUCAAGGGUCUUUGGAACUCGCAGUUUGAUCCCAAGUCCACGCACCGUUCCAAUUUUCACUUAGACAAAAAGAACAAGAAGGAAGUGGACAUGAUGUACCAGAAGAACGAUUACAAAAUGGGCCACAGUGAAGAACUCGGGUUGACUGCUUUGGAGAUACCGUACCGGGGCGGAAAGACUUCCAUGCUUAUCCUUCUGCCGGACGAUGUCGAAGGACUGUCUCAAAUUGAGGACCGCCUGACCAGUCAGAAACUUUCUGACUUGUUGAAGCAUCUUUCGUUUCGCUCUGACGUCAAACUCUACCUCCCGAAGUUCAAGCUAGAGCAGACGAUCAACCUUAAGGAAACGCUGACUGCUAUGGGAAUUGAAGACUUCUUCACGCCGUCUGCUGACCUCACCGGGAUCAGCACGAGUGGGAAGCUUUUGGCCUCAGAAGUGUUUCACAAAGCUUUCGUGGAGGUCAACGAGGAAGGCACGGAAGCUGCUGCGGCCACUGCUAUUGUGAUGAUGACCUACUGCGCAAGACUCGACGACAUUCGAUUUGUGGUCGAUCGUCCGUUCAUGUUCCUAAUACGCAGCCAUGAUCCAGAUGUAGUGCUCUUCGUGGGGUCUGUCCGCCAACUCUAAGCAGCGAAAUGCGCGGGUACAUGACUGCAGCGAAGCACGUAAUAGGGGUCCAAUCACUUAUACCUUCCUAGCAUAUUCCACUAAAUUGUUCUUACUUGUUUACGCUACAAUAUCCUGAAGUGUCUAGUCGUAAUAAAGGAGGUGUCCUGCUUUUGA